CACAACACAGUGUUUAUGUUAUGUUCUGACGGAGAAUUCAACAUAUCUGAAAUUGUGAAAGACGGUAAUCACAAAGAUAAAAUAGCACAAAAGCCACCAAUUCCUCACCAACAAACAAAGCCGCAUAUUCCAAUCACAACCUCCACCGUCCGUUCCAAAUCCAACGGCUCACAAUCAAAUCUCCCUUGGUUGUUCCUCCAGCCACAUGGUGCCACUCUAUUAAGAUACAAAACGCUGCACCAGAUCCCAAUCCCAAUCCCAAACCAUGGCUUCCAUAGCACUCACCACCACCACAACUCUCCCAUCUUUCCGCUUCCGUUCCUCCUCCUCCUCCAAAUCGCCACCACAACGCCAUGCCACUUUCAAACCCCUCACACUAAACCGCAACCCUUCCAUUUCUUUAAUUCCAUCCUUCCCACUCUCCAACGUCACUUUCAAUCGGAAACACUCCACUACUACUGUUAGAGCCUCAGCCGCCAUCACCCCAGCUCCGGCUCCGGCUCCGGCUCCGGUUCAGCCAUGGCAAGGCGCGGCAAUAAAACCGCUUUUAGCUUCUAUAGCAACGGGGGUAUUACUCUGGUUUGUUCCCGUUCCGUCUGGGGUUUCACGAAACGCGUGGCAAUUGUUAGCGAUUUUCUUGGGAACCAUCGUCGGCAUUAUCACACAGCCAUUGCCCCUUGGUGCCGUCGCCAUAUUGGGCUUGGGCGUUUCGGUUCUCACCAAAACCCUACCAUUCGCUGCUGCAUUCUCGGGCUUCGCUGAUCCAAUCCCUUGGCUCAUUGCCCUUGCCUUCUUCUUCGCCAAAGGGUUCAUCAAAACCGGGCUCGGAAAUCGCGUCGCUUAUCAAUUCGUGUCCCUUUUCGGUAGCUCUUCGUUAGGAUUAGGUUAUAGCUUGGUUUUCAGCGAGGCCUUGUUGGCACCGGCUAUUCCUUCGGUUUCCGCAAGAGCUGGUGGGAUUUUUCUUCCGUUGGUUAAGUCUCUGUGUGUGGCUUGUGGUAGUAACGCCGGUGACGGAACGGAGAACAGACUUGGGUCGUGGUUGAUGCUUACUUGCUUUCAGACUUCGGUUAUUUCGUCGGCGAUGUUUUUGACUGCAAUGGCUGCGAAUCCCCUUUGUGCCACUCUCACUCUGAACUCCAUUAACCAGACCAUUGGGUGGUUGGACUGGGCAAAAGCUGCCAUUGUCCCUGGUUUGGUGUCGUUGGUGUUGGUGCCUUUGAUCUUGUAUAUCAUCUACCCUCCUACCUUGAAAAACAGUCCUGACGCACCCAAGCUUGCUAGGGAGAAGUUAGAGAAGAUGGGGCCUAUGUCAGCGAAUGAGAAGAUCAUGACUGCGACUCUGUUUCUUACGGUGGGACUUUGGAUUUUUGGAGGGGUUCUUAAUAUAGAUGCUGUGACUGCUGCUAUCCUUGGACUAACUGUACUCCUUGUCACUGGGGUCGUGACAUGGAAGGAGUGCUUAGCUGAGGGAGUUGCCUGGGAUACUCUCACGUGGUUUGCUGCCCUCAUUGCAAUGGCUGGGUAUUUGAACAAAUAUGGUCUCAUUUCUUGGUUCAGUCAAACUGUAGUCAAGUUUGUUGGUGGGUUGGGUCUUUCAUGGCAACUAUCUUUUGGGAUUCUGGUCCUUCUCUACUUCUACUCUCAUUACUUCUUUGCAAGUGGAGCUGCUCAUAUUGGUGCCAUGUUUACUGCAUUCCUGUCUGUUGCUACUGCUCUGGGGACUCCUCCAUUCUUUGCAGCCAUGGUGCUGUCCUUCCUCUCCAACCUUAUGGGCGGCCUUACUCAUUAUGGGAUUGGGUCAGCUCCCGUGUUUUACGGUGCCAACUAUGUUCCCCUUGCUAAAUGGUGGGGCUAUGGAUUCCUUAUUAGUAUUGUUAACAUGAUAAUCUGGCUUGGAGUUGGAGGAGUUUGGUGGAAAGCCAUUGGCUUGUGGUAAAGGGCCUGUUAUAGAGAUUUGCCUACACAAAUUUUCUAAUUUAAUAUUUUUGCAUACAGUCAUGUACGAAUUCUCGUUAUUAUCAGCAGUUGAAGCAAACUGCUAAUCUUUUUACGAUUCUUUCGAGAAAUAAUCUACGGGAGGUUUUGAUGGAGAUUUAGAUGGGACCUGCAUAUACUUGGUCGUUUAAGAUCUGAGGUAGAACAUUUACAUGAUUUUUGAAAUGUAAGGACAUCCUGCUAUGCAGGAUAUAUUGUAGUUAUACAUGCCUUGAAUGUUUUUCCUCAAAUUUGCUGUUUUUUGUGUGGAGAUCGCAAUAGUGUGGAGUAAU